UGAUAAUAUACCUUAAUUUGAUUUUUGAAUUUCAACAAUAAAAAACUGUUUUACAGUCAAAAUCGUAUUUGAUUUUUCAAAUCUUUCUAACAAAAAAUUAUUUGAUUUUUCUGUUGGAUUCUUACAAAUCUGGAAGUGCUUCAAGUUAAACAAAAAAAAGAUUCAGACAUGGUUGAAUCUGUGUCUUAUUUGCUGCCUCUACCAUCUCGUCGAAACAGAUGAAAUUCCAAUAAUGCACAAGCUCGCCAAGAUAUGGAGGAUGAGAAGUUGUGUAAAAAGAUACUCAACGUUCUGAGAGAAGAUGGGUCUCAAAGAGUUUUGCUGGCUGGUAGAGCUGGAAUCGGAAAGACGAGGCUAGCAAAGAAGGUAGGCGAGUACGCAGGCAUCUACAGAGACGAGGGCGGGAACGCCACUAACAAUGGGUAUUGCUUUCUGACCCUCGGCUUGCAUCUCAACAACAAGUUCGAGGAGGAGGAUGAGUUGUCGCUUUAUGAGAACAUAGCUUCCCAACUAUAUGUACACUCUGAUUUCGAAGAGACUGAAGUGGAUGAUAGAGAUGAGGAUGAGGAGGAAGAGAAGAAGCCGAAAGAGUUGUUGGAUGAACUGCAGAAGAAUAUCAUCAAAGAAAUAGCAAAGAGGGAGGUGGCGGCAGAAAAAAAAGAGCUGGCUGAGAAAAAAGACGAGAAGGAGAGAUAUCUUCUGUUGAUUUUUGAUGAUGAAGGAAGCAUGACCAAAGAGGAUGUGGUGAUGAAGGAUUUGAAGCUUGAGAGGUUUCUCAUAGAUAAGAUUCUUAAAGAUCACACACGUCUUAAAAUUCUCAUUACAAGAAGAAAAGAAGAUGAGGAGCCUACUGCAAAUACUGAUGUGGCAACAACCGACGUAAAAGAAGAUUGGUCACAAUCCGGGGAAGGUGAUAGUGCGUCAGAUGGAGAGAAUGCUUCAGAGGACAAAACAACUGAUGCUGCAACAGACCCAAAAGGUAGUGGAUCACAGUCCGGGGAAGAUGAUAGUGCGUCAGAUGAAGGGAAUGCGUCAGGUGACAAAAUAACUGAUGCUGCAACAGGCACAAAGGGAAAUGAGUCACAAUCCAGGGAAGAUGAUAGUGCGUCAGCGUCAGAGGACAAAGUAACUGACCCAAAGGGUAGUGGAUCACAAUCCGGGGAAGAUGAAUUAAAAAAUGAAGAUGAUAGUGCAUCAGAGGACAACAUAACUGAUGUUGCAAAAGACACAAAAGGUAGUGGGUCACAAUCCGGGGAAGAUGGCGAUGAUAGUGCAUCAGUGGACAAAAUAACUGAAGAGGGGAUUGAGCCCCCAGCCACGGACAAAACACUGGUUCAGGAGGUUGAUGUGGAAAAUGUCCCAACUACUACUGACUUACAGGCACCUCCUACAAAGCCUUGUGAUGAAACCGAUAUGACAAAGGCUUUGCUUGGCUCAAACAAUGAGUCUAGCCCGAUGGGUUUAUUUGCGUCUACUGUCACGGAAGAGUGGAUAACCAGUAUGAAAACGGUAUCUGACAUGGUGAAACAAAGCAAGGACUCGCCUGCUGCAGUUGCCGUGCUAGCCAAUUCCCUCAAGCAGAUUACUAAGAGCAGUACCAAUCCAGGAAAAGAAAAUAUUGAAAAACUGAUAAAUAAAGUUCUUUCAGCUGCUGAAAGGUCUGAUAAAGGCUCUUCAUCUAUCAAUCCACUUCUGUGUCUUUCGUAUGAGCUACUGGAAUUUGGAUUCUCAUUGAAAGAUGCCAUCCUGGACUGUUUUUGGCAUAGCUUGGACUUCUUUGAGCACUCUGGCUGCGUUUACUACCGUGACCUGAUCACACAAUGGAUACUCGAAGGCUACUUUGAUCCCGUCAGGUCCGUCGAAAAGGCGUACCAGGAUGGUCACUUAAUCUUGAUGGAGCUUAUAAACCGCGGGAUGCUCAAGAUACAAGAAAACAACGUGGUGGUACCAGAGAGGGCCAUGAGCAGUUUGAUUGAUCCUCGACGCCGCGGGCUUCUUGGGAGAUCAAGGCUUAGAUUCUCUAGAGUCUAUCGCGGUGACAAGAAGAAAGGUAUAGGGAAAAUCACACAGAUAGAUGAUAUGAUCAAGACAGUGCAAGCGAAGAAAGGAGACAAGGCUACCACCGUUCUGGUUAGUGGAGACCGUCUUCGUCGUGAGACUCCUGAAAAGUAUUUUAAGAAGCUGAGCGAUCUUGAAGUACUAGGCCUGUUCGAGCCCACGCUGGACCCUUUUGUGUCGGCCUUUUCGAUUCUUCCCAAACUCAGGGUUCUUGUAAUCAGGGACUGUGAUUUACUGACGGAUAUUGAAGAGCUUAAGGCUCUUAAAGAGCUGCACGCUCUUGAAGUCUCUGGUGCUAGCUCCUUGAAGAAAAUCUCUGAUGACUUCUUUAAAGCAUUGUCUAAACUUCAAAGUCUACACCUGUCUGGUCUUCAGAUCACAACUUCCCCUUCGAGCAUUUCCGAACUGAAAGAGCUUCACUGUCUCAUCAUCAAGGACUGCCCUUUGCUGGAAGAUUUGCCAGAUAUACAAGAACUCGUAAAGCUUGAGGUUGUUGAUGUUUCCGGUGCUCGCGGGCUUCAGACUUGUUUCGACAACACGAAAGGCAAGAAGAAAAACAAAAGCAAGAACAAGAACUUCUAUCAUCUGACAAGACUUCAGCUCCUUGACUUCUCAGAGAGCCAAAUAGAGCGGCUACCGAUAUUCCAGGACUCUGCGGUAGGCGACAAGCUUCACUCCGUCAAGCGGCUCUUGUUGCGCGACUGUAGCAAGCUGAGAAGGUUGCCUAGUUUGAAGCCCUUGUCAGGUCUGCAAAUUCUCGAUCUUUCGGGUACUACAAGCUUAGUGGAGAUGCUUGAAGUGUGCUUUGAAGAUAAGAAGGAACUCAAAACUCUUGAUCUCUCGGGAACCAAUCUUAACGAGUUGGCUACGACCAUCGAGGAGCUGUCUAGUCUCAACAAACUGCUUCUGAAGGAUUGCGCCAACCUAGAGGUUCUCCCAAACAUCACAAAACUCACAAGUCUCGAGGUCAUUGAUGUUUCCGGAUGUACUAAGUUGCAUACGAUUGAGGGAUCAUUUGAGGAUAUGUUUUACCUGUGUGAAGUGAAUCUCUCUGGAACCAAAGUGAAGACACCAGAGUUGCCAAAAGAGACAAAAAUCAGUUGUCUAAAGCAUAUUGUUCUGGCAGAUGGAAAGCGUUUUGAAGGUGAGGAAUGGAGCAAGAUAAGGGAUGAGAUUGAAAGUAAGAGAUCUGACGAGGCCAGCUCCUCUGACUCAGUUGUUAAGUCAGAAGGAAUAAGAGAAGCGAUUCAGCAGAAUAAAGCUCACACCAGUGAUGGUACUGAGAAGGGAGAUGUCAUCAAGGAACGUCUUCUCCAUGUUCCCAUUGAGAGGGAGAUAUAUAAGGAGAUACUCUCACGUUUUGAUUCCGCAAGUCAGCAGGAAGUUAAGAAGAUCCAUGAAUCUAAAGACCUAAAAGGUGAAGCUGAGUUUGUAUCUUUUGUGGACAUUGACUCGUCAAAGCUCAAAUCAUUCUUUGACGAGACCAAAUCGGUGACGAGCUGCUCACUAAGGAUGUGCAUGGAUAUAAAAGACCUAUUCGUUGAAGUGGAUGAGGAAAGUUUGGGAUCACUGGUGACUUUGUCGAUUUCAAACUUUCCAUUGUUAGAGACUAUCUGCUGGGGUGGUAACUUCAAGAAUCUGAAGACGCUAAGCAUAGAUUGCUGCCCAAAAAUCAAAACGCUUUUCCCGGAAGCAUCACAGAUGCCUAGCAGCCUAGAGGAGCUAAACAUAAACUAUUGUGAGAAGCUUGAGAAAGUUGUUGAAGGAGUCGAACUGUCAAGUAGCCUGAAACUGCAAGUCAAGAAUUGCCCAAAGUUGCAAGAAACUGACUGGGUUAUGGUAGAGCCCCCUGAAAUAUCACCACAAGAGUGAAAGAUCACCAAAGUAGAUGGAGCAAACAUGAUCUACUUGCUCUGCACUAAGCAUCUGGAUCGUUGUUGCCUGUAAUGAUUUACGUACUUUUUCUGCGCGUGUCUGAACUGUUGCGUGUUGUUGAAUAAAGACCGGCUUUGAAACAUCAUCUUACCGGCCUUCUUUCUGUUUAUUUUGUAAGAUAUUUUCCGGUGUUCUAAAAAUCGUUCUAGACGGUCGCUUAGGCUAUUUUAUA